AUGGCAGAGACACACGAGAUAUCUCGUCCUCUCAUGGACCGCAUCCAUUCGACCUAUCGUAAUAGUGAUUAUACGCAUGAAGUUAUGGACUCAUCACGUCUCACUGAUUCCGGUGCGCAGCGCGAUAGUUCCGUGUAUGGUAAUGGACCUGGUGGCCAACGUAUGACAGAGAUGAAGCUUCUUGCAGUAGAGCCAGACCUUGGAGCAGCUCCAGAACGUACUCGAGACUACAAAGGUCGUCUUCGAACAUGGCCUGGUGUCCUGUUUCUACUGCUUCUUGUAGCAGGUGCUGUGACUCUCAUUACAAUAAACGCCAUGACUGUGAAUAACAAAACAAAAGUCAAUGAUGAACGGUAUGAGAACCGAAAGCGAUUAAGUCGAAAAAUUAAAGACGGUUUGAACGAUGAUCAUGUUCUUAUAUCAGACGAUGGACAAAUUGGAAAUCCGAAACACUAUCCAGAUAUGGGCUGUGAAUUACCUGAUUAUCAAAGUAAAAAGGGUAAAAUUUAUGCAAUUUCCAAGAAUGGAACGGAAGUACCAAUUGGAAUCAAAGGACUUAGUUGGUUUGGAAUGGAAUCUGGACUAGCUAUACCCUUUGGAUUAUGGGAAAACAUGAACAAUGGAACAUCUGUCUACGAGAUAGCGGCUUUUUUGUCUCGUAACAAAUUCAAUAGCGUUCGUUUACCGAUUUGUAUCACAAAUAUUCUCAAGAACACGGCACCCGAAAAGUCACUCAUCAAUACGGACACAAACCGAGCUAUUAACAUUACAUCGUACAUUACAACGAUCCAGACAAUUGUUCAAGCUCUUGGAUACCGUAAAAUUUCAGUCAUGCUCAGUCUUCACACUUUAACUCCGAGAAUCCAAGGAGGUGCAUGGUACAGUAAAAAAUUGGGUGUGACACAGGAUGAAUAUUUGUCGGCGGUGGACAUUCUUACAAAGAACUUAUGUGGCCCCAAAUACUGGAACAUCCUUGGAUUGGAUCUGAAAAACGAACCGUACGAAUGUACGUGGGGAGGAAAAGCACCGGAUUGGCAAAAGGGAUCGACACUGAUAGGAAACAGGAUGCUGGAGGGGUGCCCGAACUGGUUGGGUUUCGUCGAAGGCAUUGCUAGCCAGGGCACCAUUACGUUGAAUGGGAUAGAGAAAACUUACUUUGAUUGGUGGGGAUCUGGUCUUGUUGAUGCUGGUAGCGAUCCUCCCACUUUUGACGUCAAGAAUAAGUUAGUGUAUGCUCCGCACUACUACAACCCUGGUGUGGAUCCGGCUUGGUACCUAUACGCCUCUGGCACUCGUGACAAAACAGGAGCACUGGAAGACUACGUCGAACUGGACAAUAAAACUCUGAAAAACAAUAUCGAGAAAACCAUGGAGAAGAUGUUUGGCUAUUUGCUGACUGAGAACCCAACCUCUGCUUUGAUCAUGGGCGAGUUUGCUGGUCUUUACAGCAAAGACGCCCACCCGCUGCUUACAACAAAACGCACGACGGACUUCCAAAUCGAACUGAUGCUCGAGGCAGACUACGCUGGAGCCUACAUGUGGUCCCUGAACCCAGAGAGUGCGUACCAGUUCAACCCGGCCGACACUUUGGGCCAUUUCACAGAGGGUCUGCUGGAAGAUGACUGGUUGACACCAAACAAAGUUUUCCUCGAUGGUAUGGCUCCGCUGGACAAGAUCAAGAAUCUAAAGAUGUUCCCGUGCUUUCCAGUCAAAGUGAAGAGUGACACGAAGAACAAGUCGGUGUGGGCUCCACACGGCCAUGUUCCUUGCGUGAUACUUACGUAUCGACAGACGCGAAGAAUGCAUUACGUGAAGCUGGAUGACGAAAUACUAGAGAAGAAUGUGGAGAAGACCAUGGACACGGUGUUUGGAAACUAG